GUCUCGUCCCUCGUGUGGAUGGAUGAAUCAGCAGAUAUUAGCGGACAGAGUAUAAAGAGCAGCAGGUGGACAGAGCAAGCAUAAAGAAGUCAGAGAAACCUACCUGGAGACAUUAAGACAAGGAGAUCCUCCUCCAAACCCAGAAUCUAAAACAAAAUGGACAUUGCUGUUCCAGCCGCCGCCGACAAGAAGGCCGCCCCCAGGUUCAAGCAGAGGGCUGCUCGUACCUUCAAGAGCAAGGCCCCAAAGCCUGGCCAGAAGGGAUUCGGAGACGACAUCCCCGGCAUGGAGGGUCUCGGCACUGACAUCACGGUGGUGUGCCCAUGGGAAGCCUACGGGGACUUGGAGCUCGGGGACCUGGCAAAAUAUGGAAUCGUCUAGAAUCUCCCUCCUGUUCCCGUUACCGCCUGUUCAUUUCAUUCUAGAAUUGUUGCUCCAUCCGGAAUGUUACCCUCUAGCCUGAUCCACUGAGGUUCCGAGAGGACUUUUACUGACUGCUGCUGAGGUUGGCCCUACUGCACAAGGCUUUGUCGGAAGAUGUGAAACAUCGGUGACAUGUGUCUAAUGUAUCUGUUCAUGGGCCUUGUGAGUGUUUGGGGGCCAGGGAAGGGGCAGCAGGGCAAUUGUUCUAAAUUGGUCUGGUUUAAAUGCUUCCCCCCGAUAUUAUUCACCACUCUUCUUAGCGGUCGAGAUACAUUUGUCUUUUUGUCUCCUCCCAACUCUGUCUUUGGAGUCAACGUUGUACGAUAGAGAAAGAAGUGGUUAUUUUUUAUACACGCUGUAGACCGUUCAGUCUAAUAUCAAAUGCUGAAUAAACAACCAAAUUUUUCACUUGA